GUGGCGACAAAAAGGGAGACGCGCUAUUUUUUAAAGCUAAGUUACGGAGUUUACGUAGUAACGGAAGUGUAUUUCUUUGUUUUACUCCGCAGCCUGUACGCAAACUAAACGUUACACGGCUUCAACGUCCCUUCAAACAUAAAUUACCUUGUGUCUGACUCAGAGGGGUCAAGACCAGUGAAACAAAUGUCGGCACAAAAAGCAGUCUCCUCCAGAGUACGGGCAGUGAGGACGACCAAAAGAGCUGACGAAUCAUCUCUGAACUUUGUGGGAAGACUGCCAUCUCACAUCCUGAUUAAGAUUCUGUCAUACCUUGAUGCCUCCGCUCUUCAUACCGUCAGCCACGUCAAUAAGCUCUUCUAUCAGCUCGCCAAUGAUCAUGCUCUGUGGAAGAAGAUACACAUGGCAGAGUUCGGCAAGCGCAGAAAGCGGAAAUCGAAGUGCACGGACGAGCUGCUGCUGAAGAUGGCCACAGUGGAGGUGCAGGAUCGGGCUGCAGGCUACUGGAAGUGGCUGCACUUCAAGACUGUAGCCGCAUGUGACAUGGACGAGUGGAAAAGACAUCUUGGACUCAUCAGCCGUCACACUGGGCUGCCCGGCCAAACAGAGCGGGUCCUCAGGAACUUGCACGUCACCUGGGAGCUAACGGUCUCCGAUAAGUCAGGCCGUGAGGUCACAUUCGAGCCGAGCUGGUCCCACUUCUGCGAGACUUCUGUGACUGUGUGCUGGAGCGGAGGAGGCUGCUUGCCCAGCUACCAGCAGAUUUCCACCCUUCAACUCCACGGCGUCAGGAGGAUAGACCUCGACUGCCCCGGUUUGAAGAACCCUGGCUGGAGGUCCCUCAUGUCGACGUUAGACAUGCGGGCUCUAACUGAAAGUGCGCAGGUCAUUGGCCAGGACCGAGUGGUUGAAUUGAAGCUGCUGCAGCCUGGCAUAAUUAUCGGUGUGUGGAAGGACCAGUGCUCUGUUGCCUUUGUCAUGCUCACCCUCCACUUCCACAAGCUGCUGGAAAGAAGCACCCAGGGGUCUUCUGUUAGCCCCUAUGUGGAGCCAAUGGAUAAACCCCCUCUUGAUGACAUAGACCCAGAAUACGGUCUCCAUGGUUACCAGCUACACAUCGUCCUCCACGACGCCGUAUGCGAGAUCAUGUCCGGAAGCUUCUCCCAGCUCUUCUGCCGGAGAACUCAGAUCCAUGACGGCCUAAUCCAGCUGACGGCCAUUAGCGGGACAAGCCUGUCCCAGCACACACCUUUGUCUGGCAACAUCAAGCUUUCCUGGAGGUGUGAGGCCCUGCAGGGCGCAGUGGAGAACUGCUGCAUCAUGAGCCUCACUCUGCUGGACGAAUUCAAGAAACCCUUCUGGUGUGUCGGCUCUCCUGUUUCCAUGGAGCCAGAGGAGAGACCUGUCUCCUAUGACUAUGAUGGUGAGCACUUCCUGAUCCACUAUCAGGACUCAGACGGUCAGGUUAAGAUGAAACUCGUUUGGUUGAAGGAACAGAAGCAGUGUGUCCUCAUCAGUUUAGUCGUGUGUUUGACUGUCGGCAAAGUCAACAAGCAUUUCGGUCGAGAUUACUGAACCCACAGUAUUUCUGGGACACACUCUGAGUUUUUAAUUAUUUAAGUUGGACGCUAUGAUUUUGCUUUUAAACAUUUCAGUUAAACCAUAUUAUAUCUGUAUGAGACACUGAUACUAUAUAAUAUCACAGCACCUUGUUUUUAAGGACAAAAGAGUGUGCCAUUCGGAUUAUUUGAAGCUUUUAUUGUUAAAUAAUAGGUUUAAACUUAAUUAAUACUUUUAAAUAGCAAUUUAUUCAGUGAUUUUUUUUUUUUUUUGUAUCUGCCGAAAAUGUCACAGUUAAAAAAACA